AUGUUUGAGUACAGCUCCAGCCACAGCUCCGGCGCAGGGAAGUUUGAAAGCUAUGACUGGAUCAGCAGGCACAUGGAGACCUAUGCGCCCAAGAUUUUUCGGACUCGAUCGGACCAUCGCACACCUUCGGCUUCAUGCUUCAAGUUCCGCAGGACCUUCACACAGAUCAGUCCUGACUUUGAGCUCUGCAGCGGAAGUGACAGGAAGCGUUUCUGCAGAAGAUAUCGUUGGGGGUUGCCCACGGCAAGACUUUUUCAUAUCCUCGACCAAAUCCAGCAUGCCGUCAGUGCCACCAUGAGACUGCUCCUGAAACGUUUUUCUUUGCCGAUGAUGGCUCGCACCCUGAAGCGGCCACGUGCCUUCGUGCUUCUCCGAUUUCCCCAGAUCACCAGCGCUCUGCCAUUGACAGCUACCAGGACAAACUAUUCUAA